AUGGCACUUCACCGCAAACUACGCGGCAUCGUGGGCGGGUCCCCGCAAUACGUGCGCAUUCCUGCAUCACGGACUAACAUCACGGCGGUGAGCUAUUCGUUGCAAGAGACGCAUGUACAUGCCCAGCGGGUAUACGCUAAGCGCUGUGACCGGAAUGACCGGUCCCGAAAAAUCAGCUCACUGCAGCUGCGCACGUGCUUUGUAUUGUGUGUGCUGCUAUACUUUGGUGCUAUUUACUUUGCAGACGACAUUGCUAGCAUUGGUCGUGUGGUGGGCUCAGAGCAGAACAGUCAAAGCUUUUUUGUGCAUUCACUGAGGCCACGUAGCAGGGGGAACAUACGAGUGGGUCGAGCAAUUGAAGCGAAGAAAGUGGAGGAGACGAAUGCUGUGGAUCGAGCGGAAGAAGGAGAAGAUGAACAGCAACACCACGACAUAGAGCAUUUAGAGUUAGACGUCCGACCUAAGGAUUUAUCAAAGGUUGAAAAGCACCUACAUGAGGCUAAAGUUGCGAAUGUAGAAGCCGAGAAGACGCAGGCAACAGAACCACUUGAACAGUCAGAAUUAAAGAGAGGGGAUCACCAGAUUAAGGAAGAUGCACGGGAAAAUGCACCAGCAAAUGCUGCGAAAUCGGACGGCCAGGAUUUAGGCAUUCUUGCCCAAAUGGAAGGUACUGUGAUUGUUAGUUCGGAUGAGAUACCUAUUGCCAGGAAGCCGAAAUUGAAAUCGACAAGUCCUGUUGAAUUAAGCGACGUGUACGAUGAUUCUCAGAAUGCGCUGCGGCAUCGAAACAAGAAUGGAUCAUGGACAGCGCCACAAGCACUGGAAUCUACUCACUUAGAUGAAGGAGACCCUGCUGAAAAGUUCUUAACUGUUUAA